AUGGAUUUUUCAACAAAUGAUGAAGAAAACGAUCCCGACCUUUUCGAUAAGUUGAUGACAUUCGUGAGCAAAAUGGUAGAAGCGCGAAAUAGUCGUUUGGGUCGGUUAGAGAACUACUUGCUAGUUGUUCUAACGUACAUAAUCAUGUGUUGGGGUUUGACAUUUUUGUUAGUAACAAUGGUGAUUAAAGCUUUCAAUAAUGGUGGAUUGGAGUUAAGUCAUCAAGUGAUUUUCGCUGUUCUUUUCAUAAUCUCAGCUACUUUAUUUUUCGUCUCGGAUACCUUGGUUAGCUAUGGCGAUGGAUCAUACACAAGUGGUGAAAUUGGUAGUGAACAUCUCAAACUCGGAACAACUCCUGUAAAUGGCUUUGUUUUCGGGUGUGGUAGAAACAACAAGGGCUUGUUUGGUGGAGCCUCAGGACUAAUGGGGUUAGGAAGAAGUGAUCUCUCAUUAAUUUCUCAAACUGAUUCAUUGUUUAAAGGAGUUUUCUCUUAUUGUUUACCUUCAAGUACAGAGCCUAAUGCUUCAGGCUCAUUAGUUAUGGGAUUUGACUCAUCUACUUACAAAAAUUCAACACCAAUUUUAUUUACCAAAAUGGUACAAAAUCCACAACUGCCCACUUUCUAUUUUCUCAACAUGACUGGAAUUAGUGUUGGUGGAGUGGCAUUAUCACUUUCAAAUUCUUCUUCUAAUAAUUCUUUUGGUAAAGGUGGGAUUUUGAUUGAUUCUGGUACAGUCAUAACAAGGCUAGCUCCAUCAGUUUACAAGAUUGUGAAAGAAGAGUUUGUGAAACAAUUUUCUGGGUUUCCUUCAGCACCUGGAUUUUCAAUAUUGGACACGUGUUUCAAUCUGAGUGGGUAUGAUCAAAUCAACCUUCCAACAUUGAAAAUGCAGUUUGAUGGAAAUGCUGCUGAGUUGAGUAUUGAUGUGACUGGUGUUUUGUAUAUGGUUAAAACUGAUGCUUCUCAGAUUUGUUUGGCUUUGGCAAGUUUGGCUUAUGAAGAAGAAAUUGGUAUUAUUGGAAAUUAUCAACAGAAGAAUCAAAGGGUUAUUUAUGAUACUAAAGGCUCUAAACUUGGAUUUGCAGAAGAGAUUUGUAGUUUUAAUUAAAUAUCAUACAUUUUCAUUUAGAUAAUUUGGUUGGGUUUUGUGUAUAUAUUAUUUUGUUGUUGUGAAAGAGAAAAAUAAAAAGAAUAAAUGGGUUACACAGUAUAUGCAAUUUGUGAAUUGUGAUUAUCUUUUUUUUUUGUGUAAUGAAUUACUUUUCUCUUGCUAAGUUU